CAGCUGUGUCACUUGCGACUAGGUCCCUGGACCUGAAGAAGAAGGGCGCAGGCCCGAGCCCGGCGGUGGCAGCUGGCCGAACACACGGAGCGGGGACAGGACGACGCGCAGGAGGAGGAGCUUGCCGCCAGCUCACUGUCAUGUCGCGCCAGGCAAAGGAUGACUUCCUGCGGCACUACACUGUCUCGGACCCCAGGACCCACCCCAAAGGCUACACGGAGUACAAAGUAACCGCGCAGUUCAUCUCAAAGAAGGACCCAGAGGACAUCAAAGAGGUUGUAGUCUGGAAGCGAUACAGUGACUUCCGUAAGCUGCAUGGGGACUUGGCCUAUACUCACCGCAACCUCUUCAGGCGGCUAGAAGAGUUUCCAGCUUUCCCCCGUGCUCAGGUGUUUGGGCGGUUUGAAGCCUCUGUGAUUGAAGAGAGGCGCAAGGGUGCGGAGGACCUGCUGCGCUUCACAGUACCCAUCCCUGCACUCAACAACAGCCCCCAGCUCAAGGAGUUUUUCCGGGGUGGGGAGGUAACGCGGCCCUCUGAGGUGUCCAGGGACCUGCGCAUCCUGCCACCCCCUCUCAUCCCCACACCACCUCUUGAUGAGCCCCGGCUCCUCCAGCCACUGCCUGCAGAAAGGAGGGGCCAGGAGGAGCUGGAUGUACCAGUGGAUCCCCUGCCUUCUAGUCCUGCCCAGGAGGCCUUGGAUCUUCUCUUCAGCUGUGGCAGCACUGAGGAAGCAUCCAGCUCCCCAGCCCGAGGUCCCCUCUCUGACGCCGAACUUGCCCUUUUCGACCCUUACUCCAAAGAGGAAAGUACAGGCACCAGCCCCACCCAUACCAGUGAGCUAGCAGCCAUGGAGGUACAGUCCAAAAGGCUGGACCAGGAACCCUGGGAGCCAGGAGGACAGGAGAAGGGAGAGGCUGAAGAUGGAGAACCUGCCCCAGCUUAUCUGAGCCAGGCCACAGAGUUCAUCACUCAAGCGCUGCGGAAAGAGAAGGCUGGCGCCUAUGCCGCUGCGCUCCAAGACUACCAAGAUGGGGUGCACAUCCUCCUCCAGGGUGUCUCGGGUGACCCGUCCCCUGCCCGCCGGGAAGGUGUGAAGAAGAAGGCAGCUGAGUACCUGAGGCGGGCAGAGACCCUCCAAGUGCACUUGCCUUGAGGGCACCCUUCCUGGGAUGUCAGCUCCAGCACUGCCAGCCUCCUCUUCUCCUUUUCUUGGGACCCGGUCUUGUUUCCCUGCUCUUGUAACCCAGGGACCUUAUCGGUAUUAACUGGAUCAAGUAAGAGAAAAGCAAAGACUUCUCAGCUCUGACCUGCCUGCCUCCUUGGAAUCAGACUUGAACUUCUGGUCCCGCCUGUCUCUUUAUGUGAGUGGCAUCUGGGCCACAAAUCUGUCAGUUCACCCCCCUAGAGCCAGGGUCUGCAGCCUGCAGUCUGCGCCAGACCUGGCCCACUGCCUUUUUUUGUAAGGCCGUCAAGCUACAAGGGUUUUUCCUUUCGUUUUUGUUUUAUUGGUUUUGUUUUUUUUUUUUUUUUUUUUUUUUGUUAAUGGUUGGUUGGAAGGAAAAGGAUUCUUUGACCAAUUUAUAAAAUUUAAAUGUAUGUGAAUAAAAAGGAGUCAGAACAUAA